AUGCAUUUCACUUUCUCCAUUCUCCUCCUCCUUCUCUUCCCCUCUCUCUGUUUCUCCUCACUUACUGAGCUCCCUGCUCUUAUGGCCAUGAAGGCCUCUCUGGACCCACAAAACCAGUUCUUGACUUCAUGGACGCCUCACUCUGAGCCAUGUAGUGGAGCUUUUGAAGGCGUGGCUUGCAAUGAGCAGGGCCUUGUGACCAAUAUCUCUCUUCAAGGGAAGGGUCUCUGGGGCCAAAUACCCCCAGCUGUUGGUGGCCUGAAGAGCUUGACUGGUCUGUAUCUUCACUUCAAUGCUUUGAGUGGGAAAAUACCAAAGGAGAUUGCUCGUUUGAACCAGCUCAGUGACUUGUACCUCAAUGUCAAUAAUCUUUCUGGAGGAAUUCCUCGUGAGAUUGGUAACAUGCCUAAUUUGCAAGUUUUGCAGCUGUGCUACAACAAGUUGACUGGGGGCCUACCGACACAAUUGGGAGAUCUUAAAAGGCUCAGUGUUCUUGCAGUGCAAUCCAAUCAGUUAACCGGGGCAAUUCCAGCAAGCCUGGGUGAGUUGGGGACGCUAACAAGGCUGGAUUUGAGCUUUAAUAGCUUUUUUGGUCCUAUUCCUGCAAGAUUGGCUCAUGCUCCUAUGCUUCAAGUCCUUGAUGUUCGAAGCAUAGUCUCUCAGGAAAUAUCCCUCCAGUUUGCACAGCUACUACUACUCGGAACCCAAACAAGCCACAACCAUUUGAACCUGCCAAACCCACUGUUCAAGAGCAUCAAAAUCCCAACAAAUUGGUAUAGUUUUUGGGGUGAUUGGAGUUAUUGCUGCUUUAGCUGUAUCUGGUCUCUUACCUUCUCAUGGUAUCGUCGCCGAAAACAGAAAAUUGGGAGUACUUUGGACACUUCGGAUAGCAGGCUUAGUACUGACCAGGCAAAGGAAGUUUACAAGAAGAAUGCAUCUCCUCUCAUCAAUCUGGAGUAUUCUAACGGGUGGGACCCGUUGGCUAGAGGUAGCGCUGGGUACUCUCAAGAAGUUCUUGAGAGUUUUAUGUUCAAUUUAGAAGAAGUGGAGCGUGCAACUCAGAGCUUCUCAGAAGGCAAUCUGUUGAGGAAGAGUAAUUUUUCUGCCAUCUACAAGGGAAUCCUAAGGGAUGGAUCAGUUGUUGCUAUAAACUGCAUCAGCAAGACAAGCUGUAAGCCUGAUGAAGCUGAAUUUUUGAAGGGAUUGAAGAUAUUGCCCUCAUUAAAACAUGAAAAUCUUGUUAGGUUGAGAGGCUUUUGUUGUUCAAAAGGCAGGGGGGAGUGGUUUCUUAUCUAUGAUUUUGUCCCCAAUGAAAGUCUGUUACAGUAUCUCGACAUUAAGGUUGGCAGUGGGGAGAUUCUUGAGUGGUCAACCAGGGUAUCUAUAAUCACUGGCAUUGCUAAAGGUAUUGGAUAUUUGCAUGGAAGUAUGGGCAAUAAACCUGCCAUAGUUCACCAGACCAUAUCAGCUGAGAAGGUGCUUAUUGACUCCCACUAUAACCCCUUACUCUCAGAUUCGGGCUUGCACAAACUCCUUGCAGAUGAUAUUGUCUUCUCGAUGCUCAAAGCCAGUGCUGCCAUGGGAUACCUGGCUCCUGAGUACACAAUGACUGGUCGCUUCACUGCAAAGAGCGACAUUUAUGCAUUUGGUAUGAUUGUUUUUCAAAUCCUUUCUGGAAAACGUAAAAUCACCCUGGUGAAUCGCCAAGGGGCUGAGGCAGGCAGAUUUGAAGAUUUCAUUGAUGCAAACCUUGAGGGAAACUUUUCAGAAUCAGAGGCAACCAAACUUGGAAGACUUGCUCUUCUUUGCACGCAGGAGUCUCCCAGUUACAGGCCGUCCAUAGAAAAUGUGGUGAAAGAGCUAAGUGGGUUUAUCUGCACUUGA